CGAAUUGUGAAAACGAACCAGCAGAACGAACAGCCGGAACGAGCGGAACUGACGGAAGGAACUCAAGUCGAACUCAAGAAAACUAGGGAACGCAGAGUAAAAGAUAAGAUGGUAUGUACAACGAACGACCAAGCACAAACUGACGUCGCCGUUCUCCAGUCGUUCGCCAGGUACCAGCUACCGCUAUCAGCUAUCGGCCGCUACGCUACGAUAAACGGAGAAAGCGACUCGCGGCCGACGUAG